AUGGAACGAACCAUUUAUGCACCACGUCCAUUCACCCGCACUCCUCGAAGUUAUCGUUCUCUCACUCAUGUUGAUCCCAACUCGAGCAUAAAGUCUUUUGGCAGUUUAAACGCUUUGCCAAAUUUUGAAAAAGACGACGAUCGUAACUCAUUAGCCUCGAGUGCUCAAUCUGAACUACUUAGAACUGAUCUGAACGAUCUGCGCUCAUUUUUUCGUCCCUCGGGUACCUUCAUACUGAACUCUUUACGGGAGUCGGCCGAGGACAGCCGCCGCUUUGGUCAGCCACAGACAGGGACCGCCUCUGUUAGCUCUGUCGAUCAAUUUUCGGUAGAUAGCCAGCUUUCUUCCCGGGCCUCCUCACCACCGAACAUGAACCGGUACCCACCGCCUAUUGGAAGACCUCAGUAUAUUCACCAACCGAACUAUGCUAAUGGCAUUCAUUCACCAGGAUAUCAGCUAGAACACGGCAAUGGUACAUUCUUCGAUGAGCCAGUUUACAAUAACCGACCCAUUGUGCAUUAUGGGGAUCCGCCUCCAAGGUCAUUCAAGGAGGACGAUUUUCUUCAAAAGCUCAAACAACAACGAUUGCAGGUUGAGACAUUGAAUAACCGUUAUGACGAUCGUGCUCAAUAUAAUCAUGGAGCUAAUAAUAAUCCAUACCCGAAUAAUGUGCAAACAGUUGCUGAAGAUUUUGACCCUUGGGAACAUAAAUCCGCCAACUUGGAUUCGACAUUUAGCAGUCAAUUUGAAAACGAUUCAACUUUAGAUAGAGCUUACAAUAGAGCCUUGCACAAAACGAAAUCUGAUUCCCAUGUUCUUCAUGAGCCAAAUGGUUUUCGAAAUUCCUUCCAGCAAAAUACUUGGAAUAAUCACUACAACGGUCAGCAACCUAACGCGUUUUAUUCUCCUCAGCCAGGGCAACAUGAAAAUUUCCCACAAGAUUCGCCAAAUUUCGCGCAGCAGAAUGAUCGAUUCUCUGCCCCACAGCAACAAAGAGUCAUUCCAAUUCAGAUUGCAGACAAUUCGGCUAGAGACUUUCAAUAUUCAAGUCCACAGAGCACUUUUGAGGAUCAUAGAAGUUGGGGACCACCUAGAGAAAAUCCCAUGUUUAGAUCAAUGCCUCAACUGUAUCAUACUCAAAGAGCUAUGCCUGAGCGAAAUGCUUUCUCACCACCUCCCCGGGCACCCCAACCACAGAUUGCUCGUCCAUAUCCAAUUCAGAAUAUUCCUUCUCAACUCUAUACUCCGCUUAGGCCUCCGCCAAUACCUCCUCCACCGGUCAACUACAUUGGCCCCUUGGGUCCAUCGGCGGGCCCGGUUCAUAAAUCUCAAAGCUUUCAGGAACACGCUUUGAAUCAGCAAUUCUCUCCGACAAGAGAACAUCCUUUGAUUCCCCGACAUGUGCAUGAGGAGAUUUUGAAUGCCAUUCCAAAUAAGCCCAUCAGACACCCGCCAGCUAUUGCCAAAAGUCUCCAACCGGCGCCAGUUGUUAGUCAUCCAUCCAUUGUUCGUCAACCGCAACCACCUCCAGAUGAUCCGAUUCCCCAUUCUCCUAUCGGCUCUCAAUAUUAUGGGGCACCUACCAGUCCAUCUAGAAACUCGGCAAUUCAAUUGGGUUCGGCGACUGAGAUCGGAUACGUCAAUCAUAACAAUGAAAAUGUUAUGAGUGCCUCGUAUCCGGCCCCCAAUGGAAAUCUCAAUCGUUCUUUUGCUAUCGUUUCUCGUCCCAUUUCACCACAAGCAACGAUUGUUCAACCAGUUCAACCUCAGUUGCAAAAGGCGGUUGUGGAACAAAUUCCAAUGAAACAACCGGUGACGAUAGCUAAUGUUCUACCAGAUUCAGAGUCAAAUUUUCAAGUCCAAGCUUUACCUAUUCAACAUUAUAAAAAUGAAGUAAACGGAAAUUACCAACAACCCCAAGCGUCUCCAAUUUCGACCGUUGAAGGGGGAGUUCCAUCUCCCGCUCAAAUGUCGGCUUCACCCAUUGGAUCGGUUUAUGAUAAUCAAACGGAUGAAGAACAACAAGCUAUUAGAUCACCAAUUAGAGUUAUCCCACGCCAACGCUUAUUCUCUCCUCCUCCGCCGAGUUCUUCGGCUAAUUCUACCCUCACUCGUCCACCUAGUAUUCUCAUUAAAGAGAAAGAACGGGCUGAAGUUGCUCGGGCACAGAAGAAAGUAGCUUUUAAUAUGCUUGAUAGUGAGGAUGAUGCAAAAAAUAAAAAACCACUCGGUUGGGCUGAUCUUGGUCUUUCGAUUUAUGAUUGCUGCACACCGUGCGUUGGCACCAGUUUAGAAGGCAAUGCGGUAUCGGCGGCGGCUGGUGAAGCGCCGGCACACAUUAGGGAAUACGACAACAAUCUCGAACAGCCACUCGCCAGUUUCCUACAACUCAGCGAGAAAAUUGGCGGAGAUUGUCUCGAAGCGGCCAAACAAUUUGUUUCUAUCUUUGAACUACAACGUGCUUUUCUUUGGAAUGCGGCUGGACGAGCAGAACCUGAUCAAGCAACUUUCCAAAACAUGCUGAAGCCAAUUAUGGAUAAAAUGCAAGCUCUUAAUCAACUCAAGGAUUCGAAAAGAAAAGAAGAACAUUUCAAUCACAUCUCGGCUCAGGCGGAAGCGAUUCAAGCAAUUGGAUGGGUUGCACAGAAACCAACACCUGCCCCAUUUGUCAAGGAUAUGCUCGAGGCUGCGAAAUUCUUCACCAACAGAGUGCGCAAAGAUUACAAGGAUAAAGCUCCUCUUCACGUUGACUGGGUGGUGGCGCUCGAGGAAAUCAUCACAAACCUCUACAAUUUCGUGAGGAAAGUGCACACAACUGGAUUGAUAUGGAACUCGGCUCCGGGAUCUGUGGCACCAACUUCAUCUGGUGCGCCAUCAGCGGGUGGACCUCCACCUCCUUCAGGACCUCCCCCACCACCACCCCCACCAAUUCCAGCAGAUCUCUUUGCGCCAGCUCCGGCAGCCAAAUCGGGUGAUGAUGCGAAAAGAGAUGCGCUGUUUGCCGAGCUCAAUCAGGGAGAAGCGAUCACGGGCAAAUUGAAGAAAGUGACGGCUGAUAUGCAGACUCAUAAGAAUCCGAAUCUUCGUGCCGCGAAUGUUGUUCCUGCUGGCUCUGCUACGAGUGGCUCGGCUUCUCCAACUAAAGCACCAGCUGCCGUUCAAAAACCACCGAAGCUGGAGUUUGCAGAUGGAAAACAAUGGAAUGUGGAGUACUUCAAAGGUGACCCGAACAUAACCGUGAAUGUCACCGACAAGAAGCACACCGUCUACAUCUUCAAAUGUGAGGGAUGCACCGUUAGAAUCAAUGGAAAGUGCAACUCUGUGACGCUGGAUCAGUGCAAAAAGACGGCCGUCGCUUUUGAUGGAAUCGUGGCGCAAGUUGAAACGAUCAACUGUCAAUCGAUUCAACUGCAGACUCUUGGAGAACUACCGACUGUGUCAAUUCAAAAAACCGACGGAUGUCAAAUCUACUUGUCUGAGGCUUCCGUUGGAGCGGAAAUCGUCACUUCAAAGAGCUCAGAAAUGAAUGUGCUUGUGCCCGGAGGUCCUGAUGGUGAUUUUAUCGAACUACCGAUUCCCGAACAAUUCAAAACGGUUUUCAAAAAUGGAAAGCUCGAGACGACUGUUUCCGAUAUUUGU